UUUCAAGUGAAACGUCCGGGCGAUAAGAACGUGCGCUGCACUAUACUCCUGCUGCUGGACUACCAGCCCCUGCAGUUCAAACUGGACCCACGACUCGCCCGACUCCUCGGCAUUCACACCCAGACACGACCCGUCAUUAUCAACGCGUUGUGGCAAUACAUCAAAACCCAUAAACUCCAGGACCCGCACGAAAGGGAAUUCAUAAAUUGCGACAAAUAUUUGGAGCAAAUCUUUCAGUGCCAGCGCAUGAAGUUCGCGGAGAUUCCCUCCCGACUCCACCAUCUGCUCCAUCCGCCUGACCCUAUUGUCAUCAACCAUCUGAUUAGCGUCGAGGGCCCCGACAUGAAGAAGACCUCCUGCUAUGACAUUGACGUCGAAGUGGACGACCCGUUGAAGAUUCAGAUGAAUAACUUUUUGCUGUCCACUGCCAGCCAACAGGAGAUCCAAUCACUCGAUAAUAAGAUUCACGAAACCGUUGAGACUAUCAACCAAUUGAAGACGAAUCGCGAGUUCUUCUUAAGCUUCUCAACAGAUCCGCAACAGUUCAUCAAUAAAUGGCUUAUCUCUCAGAUGAGAGAUUUGAAGACAAUGACAGACCAAUUGGGAAAUCCUGAAGAGGAGCGCAAUUCCGACUUUUUCUUCCAGUCGUGGACUCAGGAGGCGGUCUGUCGUUACUUCUACGGCAAAGUACAGCAAAGGAGGGCUGAAUUGGAGCAGGCGUUGGGCAUUAGGAACGCAUAACUCUCGCAUACAUUCACUUCCAUUCACUGAUCACUUCUAUCGCUUUUUUACU